AUGGAAGGAUGCCCAGGAGGAAAAGGAGGGCGCACACACCGCGUGACAGGCGCCUGUCGGUGUGGCGAGGACUCUAUUCCUGGUGUUGGCCCGGACAUCGGUCCCCGAGUGGCGGCACUGCGCACAGGCGCGAUGCGACGCCUGCCCACUCUUCGACAGGCCUGCACGCGCCCUGCGGAUCACAAGGAACCCUCUGUGUCGGUGGCGCCGUCCCUCCCUCACUGCGGUGGCCGGCCCGCCUCUGCCUCCGCCGGAACCUCUUCCCGACGUGAGCACCGCAACUCCUUGUCGACCAGCGAGCGGCGGAUUGACGUCCUCCUGCCCAACCUGCGGCAGAGUGCGCUUGUCCGUCCACAGUAUGAGGGCACAUGCCGGACGUGCUCAGCCUGGCGUUAUAAUAGUUUGCGAGGGCCUCCCAUGCGGAUGCCACAAUGGCGCCACCGUCUUCUUAACAGGCGCCUCGCGCGCAGGUCGCCACCGAAGUUGCCAAGCAUGCCGGCAGGCAAGACACGCAGGAGGCACCACCGCGGGUACUCGAGAUGGACCAGGCUCUUCCGCCACCGCCUCAUCACGGACGCCACGGGCUGCUGA